AUGCUGCGAUGCGUCCACCUGCAAAAAUGUGUGAAUUAUGCCGGCAACGACUUGGCGAAAAGUCCACCCUACUCUAACAACUAUGAAAAUGUACCAUCAAAAAGCCUUUAUCUCAAAGAUUAUCCCCACCUUGUCCGGAAUUGUCAAGAGGCAGAAAUCUCCUACUCGGUCUUCUGCUCAUUCCUCUCAGGCCUCAUCAAGACAUCCUCUCUUCGUCUGAACGAAUGCCCACUCUUCCCCCCCUGCCUGACAUGUGGCAGACAGGCUCAGAGAACUGCAAAGUCAUAG